ACAAGGUUGAAUCAGUGCAGGUUUAUUGAUCUUGGCACUGACUUAAGUUUUCAUCUAGUUUUUUAAAGCUUGUUUUUCUGCUAAUUAUAAUGAUUUUCCACUUACAGCUAAUAAAAACAUUUCAGGUUAGAAUUUCAUGUUCUGAUCAGAUUAACACUAAGUUUUUUACAUAAAAACCCAAAUAAUUAAGGAAUAUGUAGAAAAUAUGCUUAACAUUAGAAUUAUCUGUGGUGCUAUGGACCCGUUUCUUCUUCAAACACCUUGUGACCCUGGCUGGAGUCCAUGAUAUUUCAUCUACACUGGAUAAAAUAGCUGAAGUUAAAAAACAACAAAUUAAAAUUAAGUUAAAAGUCAGUGUGAGAUUUUGGUACAGCAAUAAAAAACAUGUAAUCACAUUUAUUUUACACCUUUACCAAAUAUAAUAGAAACUGCAUGUAAAUACAUAAAUAUUCAUAUGUAUCACGUUGUUACCAAUUACAUGUAGUUUUUAAAUUUCGGCUGAUUAAAUUCAUGUAAAUUUAUAUUCCAGUUUAUUAUAAAUAUGCCAUUUCUUUUGGUUUUGGUGCAGCUUUCAUUUAUAGCUCACAUCUUGUAGAGAAAUUGUAGAAUUUGAAUGACAGCUGUAAUAAAGAUCUUCAUCAUAAUGAAAAGCUUCAUCAUUUUAAUUAGAGCGCUGUUCUAGUCAAUCAAGUUGUUCAGGAAUAAAAACGGCUAAUUAAAAUAAAAGUAUAAUAAAUUAGUUUUAAAGAAAAAGGAAAAUAGCACAAUAGAUGGCGAUAAUACAUAUUAACGUUCAAUGUCACCCGCCAAUAAAAACCACGAAGAAGAAAAUGUGGUUCGUUUACGUCAUUGCAGAAUUCCAAAUAGCUGGAUGCGUCGUCGGGAAUGCUACCGGUUCCAUCCACAUGGUGUGUAGCUCUGCGGUUUGCGACCGUCUCACACUAAAGUUGAGUUUGCCGACGUUAAACGUCUGCCGCAGCUGCAGACCGUAAACAAAGGAUGUGAAGCAUUUUUCUGUUUUAUAGCAAACUUAUUUCCUCUCAGUAUGGCUCAACCGGCGGAGAAAGCUUAUUAUCGCUUCCUGGUUCUCUUCUUUAACUGCCUCCUGACUUUUGGUUCCUACUUCUGCUUCGACAUCCCCAGCGUCCUGCAGGACCAGUUCCAGGGGAACCUCACAUGUCCCAAUGCAACCGCGAUCAACAGGACUGUGGACUGUGUGGAGGGUCUGGGGAUGAGUCCGCAGCAGUACAACCUCCUCUAUGCCAUAUAUGCUUGGACGAACGCUGUGGUGGUGAUUCUGGCCGGAUUCCUGAUCGACAAAUUAGGAAAUCGAUUCGGGGUGUUUCUCUUCUCCUUUCUGUGUGUUUUGGGCUCGUCGCUGUUCGCUCUGGGCUCCCACUUCAGAGGAACUCCCUACCUGCUUCCGCUCAUGCUCACGGGACGUUUACUAUUCGGUUCCGGCAAUGGAUCUUUGACCAUUGUGCAGAACCGCAUCACGGCCUUCUGGUUCAAAGGGAAGGAGCUGGCUCUGGCCUUCGGGGUGACGCUCGCCUUUUCCCGUCUCGGUUCCGUCCUCAACUUCUUCUUCACGGAGAAGUUUGAAGACAAAUACGGCAUGCAGUGGACGCUGUGGGGUGGCGCUCUGCUGUGCGUGCUCGGCUUCGUUGCUGCGGUCGUCGUGAGCGCUCUGGACAAGAUCGGCAUGAGACAGCUGGGCCUUGACGGAGCCAUCGCAGAGGAUUCCCGCAAAGUGAGGGUUCAGGAUGCGAAGCUGCUGUCUCUCCGAUACUGGCUGCUGGUCCUCACCAUCAUGUUCUUCUACAACGGCAUUUUCCCCUUCAUCGCUGAUGCCAGUAAGUUCAUCCAGGAUAAAUACAGCGACUACAGCCAGAAAGAGGCUGCGUACGUAGCGGGCGCCGUGUACGACAGCUCGCUGGUGCUCUCAGCCAGCGUGGGAAUCCUCAUCGAUUAUGUGGGUCUUCGGGGAGUUUUUGCGCUGGCCUGCGCCGUUUUCACGCUGCCCGUCUUCGGACUGCUGGCUUUCACCUUCGUCCCUCCUCUGGUCUCCACCAUCUGGCUGGGAGUCACUUACUCCUUCGCUGCCGCCAGCAUGUGGCCGUCCAUUCCCCUCGUGGUGCCGCAGCCCACGCUGGGAACAGCCAUGGGCCUGGCCACCUCCAUACAGAUGGUCGGCAUCGGCGUGUCCAACCUGAUCGUUGGGCAGAUUUUGGGCACCAAAUCCAGUGAAGCUAAAAUCCCGCUGUGGCGCUGGCAGAGGAUGAUGAUCUUCAUGCUGGCCAACACCGUCUGCUGCAUCGUCGCCUCCGUUCUGCUCAACAUCGUCGACCGCAGUCAGGGCGGGACGCUGAACAAGACGACCAAAAGGUCGCGGCCGGCGGAGGGAGACGCCGAGCGAGAGCCGCUCACCCGGACGCAGGAAGAGGAGGAGCAAAACCAGACCAAUUCCAUCAACUCAUGAGGUUUUCUGAUGUUUUAUGUCUCAAAAUGACAAACAAGCUGCUCUGCCGCAACUCAAUUAAACACAACUAGCAUCUUUCUCCAGUCUGACUUUUUGAGGGCGUAUUUGAGCCGCUGUAGAAAGAAAACAUGGAGUAGAUUUCUGCCCAAAAAUCUGAAAACAAGAUCAUCUGAGUUUGAAAAGUCUUGAAAAAAUUCAGGAAUUUUGUUUAAAAAAUCUUGGAAAGUUUGGAGUUUUUAAUGUCGAAAAUAUUCUAGUAAACAAACUCGGAAAUUUUAAGAUUAAUCUCAGAAAUUUUGUAGAAAAAAACCUAGAAAUUUCUGAGUCUGUAAAGUUGAAAAUUUGAUUGAAAAAACUUAUAUUUAGAACUUAUAAUCUUAUAAAAUUUCUUGAAAAACUGGAACAUUUCUGACUUCAAAAAGUCAUAAAUUUGCCAGAAAACUUUUUUAACUUGUUUUAAUUCUUGACAAUAAACCUUAUUUAAAGACAAUAUUGCUCUUUUUACCACAGCAAUAUUGAGACUUUCUGACUUGAUUUUUUUGUUGUCCUGUCUGGAUUUAAAGGGAUACAAGAGAAAAUCUUUAAAACUACAUUUUCAGUAAAAAGUUGCUUUAUUCCAUUUUUUUCAGACUUUAAUGAAGUCUGAAAUGUUUGUCACAUUUAUCACCAAGUUUAAAUGUUUAACCCAAACUCUUCCUGCAGGCCAGAUUUAAGCAGUUAUUUCUUAUUUUUUAAACAAAUAGCUGAAAAUUGAUUCCCAUUUACAGUUUUGUUUUUAAGGCUCAGUUCUCAACGUCGCCACUAGAUGGCGCUGUUUCAUUAAAUGUAAUCUUGUAUCGUUUGUAUUUUGCCAUUGAUUGCAAAUCCAGACUCUUUUUAUCAAUGUUAGACAGAAAUGAUGAAACUCAUUAAAAAUCAGAUCAAAUUCAAAAAUAUUUCAUUAAUCCCAGAGGGAAAUUAAAUAUUUUAACUCGUAUUUUAAAAGGUUCUUCAAAGAGCUGCAGAUGCUGUAGAGGUCUGUACUCCAGUGGCUGUGAUGAAGCCUCUGACUGAAGACCUCAUAGAUCUGUCCCUCGUAUCAUAGAUCUGUCCCUCGUAUCCGGUUCCACCCACUCGGUGUUCCCUCUGACGCGUCUCGACUCUUUUUUCGUCAGCAGUUCUGCUCACCUAAUUUCAGGAUUUGUUUCCGAACGUUUCAUCCUAAAGCUGUCGGCUACUUUUCAUGUCUGACUGAAGAUUUUACCACAAAAUGUUUCUUUUUCUUAAACAUAUCCUACAGGUGAGUCUGAUUCUGUUUGUUUCUGUUCUAUUUUCUUUUUUUUUAAUUUUAUCUCACUAGAGAUACAAUAAAUAGUAUCUAACAUUUUUUUUUUUUUUACAAUCAAUUGUAUUUUUUCUCCCUGUGGUUCUUAGUUUAAAGGGAAUCAGUGAAUUUCCAGCUGAAUUAAAUAAAUAAACGACUUAUUUUA